AUUGGCGUCACGGCCAGGCCGCGGUGCCGGCACCUGGCAGCACCCACCGGGUGCCGGGUGUCGGAGGGAUGGGUGCUGCGGGCGGGAGCGGGAUGCUUGUGGCCGGGUUGCUCUGGGUGGCCCUGGCUGCCGCCGUCACCGACGAGCCGCCGACGCACACCCUGGCCGAGGUGCUCUUCUGCCAGCCGGCCAUGCCCUCGCUGGGGCUGGCGUUGGCCUUCGACGCCGACCAGCUCUUCUGGUUCGACUUCCCCGGCUCCCGCUGGACCCCCAAUCUGCCCGACAUCCCCCCGUGGCCCUCGGCCCUGGAGACCCCCACCGAGCUCCUCCUCGACGCCACGCUCUGCCAGGACGUGCGCCGCGACCUCACCGACCCGCUCACCGGCCUGUUGCCGGAGUCAAAGGGCAUCCCAGUGGCCGACAUCUUCCCGGUGCGACCAUUGGCGUUGGGUGAACCCAACACGCUGGUGUGUAUGGUGGGAAACGUCUUCCCGCCGGCGGUGGAGAUCAGUUGGCAGCUGGACGGGGUCCCUGUCACCCAAGGGGUCACCCACACCCACUACACCCCCACGGCCGACCUGGCCUUCAUCCGCUUCUCCUACCUGCCGGUAACGCCCAACGCCGGUGACGUCUACACCUGCAUGGUCACCCGUGAAGGGGACAACGCCUCCGUCAUUGCCUACUGGGUGCCCCAAACCCCCGACCCCUCCGAGGUGCUGGAGACGGCGCUGUGCGGUGCCGCCAUGGCUCUGGGCAUCCUCCUGGGGCUGCUCGGCAUCGCCAUGAUCCUGGCAGCGCGCCGGAGCGCCUACGGUUGAGCACAGGACAGUGCAGAGGCCGGCGCCGCUCGGUGCAGGAGUGAAGAUGGCGGCGGGGGGGGGGGGAGAAGGUGGGAAUAAGCC